UUGACCACUUCUAUUAUCUCUCGCUGCCGUAACAAACAGCUUAACAAUGAACGGCUGUUAACUGGGCGCAGUAGUUGCCUGGCGGCUCAUGAUGAGAGAGAUGAUUCAAAUUUUAGUUGCACUUUCACUACUUGCCAGCAGUGGUCUGGCAGUGCGAGUUUCUCAGUUUGACCCAUAUUCCGACGAAUUUAUCGAUUACAUCAAUUCACUGAAUUCGACAUGGAAGGCCGGACGGAAUUUCCACCCCUCGAUCAACCGUGACUACAUAAAACAAUUGAUGGGCGUCCAUCCCAUGUCAGGAUUGCACACUUUGCCUCUGCUUGAAGAAGAAACCGGAGACAACCGCCCUCCCAUUCCGAAUGAAUUCGACGCGAGAAAAAAGUGGACGAACUGCCCGACAAUUUUCGAAAUAAGAGAUCAAGGAAGUUGCGGAAGCUGCUGGGCCAUUGCAGCUGCAGAAGCGAUGUCUGACAGACACUGCGUCCAUUCAAACGGUAACGAGAGCGUUCGGCUGUCGGCCGAAAAUUUGUUGUCUUGCUGUUCAAGUUGCGGAUUCGGAUGCGAUGGAGGUUUUCCAACUGCUGCCUGGCAUUAUUGGGUGAGGACGGGCAUAGUUUCUGGCGGCAGCUACGGCAGUAAUCAGGGAUGCCAGCCGUACGAGAUCCGGCCGUGCGAACAUCACAUAAACGGAUCCCUACCACCUUGCACUCCAGGCGGUAAAACUCCCAAAUGUGAAAAAACCUGCAGAAAAGGUUACAAACUGUCUUAUAAGGACGAUUUGCAUCGAGGACGAAUUGCUUAUAGUGUAAGAUCCGACGAAAGAUCAAUCCAGAAGGAACUUAUGACCAAUGGUCCCGUCGAAGCCGGUAUUACCGUCUUUGAAGAUUUUCUACAUUACAAAACCGGUGUUUACCGACACGUGACUGGCAACGCUCUCGGAGGACACGCGGUACGCUUGCUAGGAUGGGGAGAAGAAGGCGGCACGCCGUAUUGGUUGGUUGCCAACUCCUGGAACACAGACUGGGGCGAUAAAGGAUACAUCAAAUUUUUAAGAGGAGAGAACGAAUGCAACAUUGAAAGUAGUAUAAGUGCUGGACUGCCUAGAUAAACGGACAUACCCGAUAAAACAUGCAACCCCUAUGGAAUUUCCAAUAUUUUACAUUUACUAUAAACUAUUUUUUUUUAAAUCUACAAUAGAGCAAAUUUCAGCAUUUUCGCGUAAAUGUUUCACCUGGCUAAAGAUAUCACAAAAAAUGCAUAUUUUAAAAUAAUAUCGACGUAAUAAACCACAAAUCCAUAUCCAUAUAUUUUAUAAAAAUACAUAUACUUUUUUUAUAAUAAAGAAAAUGAGUUGUCUUAAUUGAUAAUUUACUUGGCUUAACCUACUACGUUAUUAAUUUAUUGAAAAAGUCACUGUCCUUUCAUAGUAUGCAAUCAUAUCAGCAAAUGUUGAUUAUUUACAGAAUUGCCUGUUGUAAUCAUUGCUGUUUUCGAGUUUACUUUCCAAAAUGAAUCAGAAGCUAUCAAUUUUUGUAAUGACGAAUUGAUAAUGCAUAACGACAAACAUUCUUUUUUUUGACAAUCUAAUUUUAAAAAACAAAACGCCUGAGUUUGCCUUUGGGCUCAAUAUUU